GACACUAGAUUAAGCGCAGAUAGGCUAGGCGUUUGGCUCGGCUUAGCGUGCGCCUACAAACCUCAGUUGGUCUUGACGCUAUCUGCCUACGGUUGCUUUGCUACUCUGGUAACAAUGCGGGAGUGCAUCAGUGUACAUGUUGGUCAAGCUGGUGUUCAGAUGGGCAAUGCCUGUUGGGAGCUGUAUUGCCUGGAACAUGGCAUCCAACCCGAUGGUCAAAUGCCCAGCGACAAAAGCAUCGGUGGCGGAGAUGACUCGUUCAACACGUUUUUCAGUGAGACCGGUGCUGGGAAACAUGUUCCCCGAGCCGUUUUUGUGGAUUUGGAACCCACUGUUGUUGACGAGGUCCGUACUGGUACGUACAGACAGUUGUUCCAUCCGGAGCAGUUGAUAACUGGGAAGGAGGACGCUGCGAAUAACUACGCCCGUGGGCAUUACACCAUUGGGAAAGAGAUUGUGGAUCUAGUUCUAGACAGGAUCCGGAAACUGGCUGAUCAAUGUACAGGUCUGCAGGGAUUCUUAAUUUUUCAUUCGUUCGGUGGUGGAACCGGUUCUGGCUUCACCUCUCUCUUGAUGGAGAGGCUGAGUGUGGAUUACGGCAAGAAGUCGAAGUUAGAGUUUGCCGUUUACCCUGCCCCUCAGAUAGCGACAGCAGUGGUUGAGCCCUACAACUCCAUUCUCACUACGCACACGACUCUGGAGCACUCUGACUGUGCUUUCAUGGUGGACAAUGAGGCAAUUUACGAUAUUUGCAGGCGAAAUCUUGAUAUCGAACGUCCGACGUACACUAAUUUGAAUCGUUUGAUUGGACAAAUCGUGAGUUCGAUUACUGCUUCUCUUCGCUUCGAUGGUGCUCUGAAUGUGGACUUGACGGAGUUCCAGACCAACCUGGUCCCUUAUCCACGCAUUCAUUUCCCUCUCGCCACGUACUCUCCGGUUAUUUCAGCCGAGAAAGCUUACCAUGAGCAACUGAGUGUUGCUGAGAUAACUAAUGCAUGCUUCGAGCCGGCCAAUCAGAUGGUGAAGUGUGAUCCGCGUCAUGGGAAGUAUAUGGCGUGUUGCAUGUUGUACCGCGGUGACGUGGUUCCGAAGGACGUGAACGCAGCGAUCGCGACCAUCAAGACGAAGCGUACCAUACAGUUUGUUGAUUGGUGUCCGACUGGUUUUAAGGUGGGUAUAAAUUACCAGCCUCCUACGGUGGUUCCGGGUGGUGAUUUGGCGAAAGUUCAGCGAGCGGUGUGUAUGCUGAGCAACACGACAGCCAUUGCGGAGGCUUGGGCCCGAUUGGACCACAAGUUCGAUUUAAUGUAUGCUAAGCGUGCUUUCGUGCACUGGUAUGUUGGUGAGGGUAUGGAAGAGGGCGAAUUUUCUGAGGCCCGAGAAGAUCUUGCGGCACUGGAGAAGGAUUACGAGGAGGUUGGUGUGGAUAGUGUUGAAGGCGAGGGAGAAGGUGAAGGUGAAGAGUACUGAUCUGCUUACCCUGCUUUGUUUAUUCUUUAAUAUUCAUUAUAUUUGUUCGUUCUCGUU